CAAGUCGCCUCUGCUUCUCGCAAGACAUUUUUAUCAUCCCACAUCUCCUCUGCCAUCCACACGUCUGACACCGUGACACACACCCAAUCAGCAAACAGCGACGUCAACAUGGCCAGCGGCUCAAGGAAACGCCGCGUUUCUCGCUCUCCAAGCUGCCUGGAGUCUGCUAGAAAACUGCGUCGACAAUCUGCUAGCAACUCCUUACAAUCGCAACUCGAUACAUCUAAUCCCUAUCCAAGCACAGCAAAGUCCGUGUUCCGUGGCUGUCACGACCCCUACUUCCCUCUCAGCACUAGAGGAGAUACAACCCUGCCAACAGGUGAUGAUUACGUAUUCCGCAUUCAGGUCCUCUCAACCACCACCAAUCUCAACGCCGACGUGUUCAAAAAAGCGGUGCAAGGUCUGGUCAAGAUAUGCUUCCCACAGAACGUCUUGGAUGAGCUUGGGAUCGAGGUCGUUACGCAGCACAUGAGAGACCAGGAUGCACCCGAGCAAAAUAUCGUUAAGAUGGCAGACAUCUUCCGCGCCGAGAUGAUUCAUCGAGUAACAUGGAUGCUAGCGGAAUACCUCGACUCGGCAGGCAGGGUUGAAUCUAGCGUCAAAGCCAUCAUGGCCGCCAGUGCAAGUCUUCAUGGCGCUAAAAUUGGUGAAGAUGUAUUGAGUGGCGUGACCGAGAGCCUCUCCAAGCUUAGGGAGCACAUGUCGAGCGGAUCGACAGCAAGGCUGGCGAACAGUACUGAUAUGGAACUUUCGUCCUUGAACAUGGCCGAGAGCGAUGCAAUGGCCAGUAAUGACAACUGUACUGUAGUCACGCAGCGCAUGGAUCGUGUUAGAUGCACUGGCAUCGCUCCUGAGGAUCCCUCAGAAGACAGUAUGCCUCUGGUGUCACCUGCUAACAAGCACGGGAAGAGAGAGUGCCGAUCAAAAUCGACACCGCAACUCCAGUAUCCCGAUGCAGCAUACAGAGAGUCAAGCCAAGCUGCCGAGCAGAUGGACCAACUUGUGCCAAUCGAGCAACCAUGCCGAGGCAAAGCGAGCAAAGUUUCAACCUCCUGGCGCUGGAACGUGCAAGAUGAGAUCAGCAUCGAUGACAUAACAGAGCAUUUCAAAAGAACAAGCGACUUGUUUGCCUACCACGCCCUGCCAAUUGCCAGGCAGCGACUCGGGACGCUGGUAAAACGCAAAAAGCUGCGCAAAGACAUUGAGGCUAUGCUUGCAGCUCUUUCCACGACCGAAUUCGACCAAUGGGUCGAAAGACUUCGGAAGCUUCAAAAUGGCGAUAUGACGAUGCUUGAGAGGUCUCCAGCUCCAAUCAUUGGUCAAGAUGCGGCCCGGAUUACAGUAAAGUCAACACCCACGCUCACGCCCAGCAAUCAGACGGUACGCCGCCGUCCGAAGUCAGACGUUCGGUUUGCGGUUAAGCAAGAACACAAUGUGUAUGAGAACUUUCGUGAGGCAUAGGCGCCUUCUCGGUACGCAUCGAGAGCUGACGGUGGCAUGCGUACUAACCGUUCAGUUCCCACAAAGGGCUUGGCCCAUCAAGAAGCUAGAAUCGAAAGUCAGCUGGGAGUACAGACAACCCUUAAUCAUUCAAGUCGUUCGUUUUAAGAGACUCCCAUUGUAGAUCUCCUGUGGGGCCAAAAGGAAUUUGGAGAACAUAAUCGUGCACCCGUGAUUCGCAAUGUAACAAAAAGUCUCAACUCUUAAGUCUCAGCAGAGGUAGGCAACGAAGAUUUAUGUUCCAAGCUAUACUUAUAGGCUGCACUGUGUCGGUAUAACACGUCUCGAUGGAGCUACCCUCGUUCAGACAAAGAAGAACCUUCAGGCACUGCUACUUGGCCCAGAACUCCACUGCUUCCUGACCUUCACUUACGUU